AUGGGUCGUAACCAGGUCUACUGCUGUAUCUGUGGAGGUCCUGAAGAUGAGCUGGGCGAUUGGCUAUGUCAUCCAACCCUUUGGACUACUGUCCAUGAUGUAAAAGAUGGCGUCGAGUUAGACAUGUACAAGUGGGAACUAGGAAUGUAUACCUAUGACCUUGUCGAUCCGGUCGAUGAUUCCCAAAGACGAGUGCUGGAACAGGAGGCCACGUAUCAGGAGCAUAAUGUGUUCUUGAUCUCAGAAUCAGGCGAAAAGGUCACCGCCUUUCACGUUGUUGACAAUGAGAGCGCCCUGUACCUUGCUGUCCACGGCCGAUGUUCCCAGCUGGUACAGCGCUUUAUCAGCAGCAGACCCGAGGCUCACGACGUGUUCCAGAUCAGCGACAAAGAUGAGAUCUCUUCCGUCAAGCAACUAUGGCAAGUUAUUUUUACUCGGCUAUCGGCAUCUGGGCGUGGGUUUGCUUAUAAUAUAGAUCAUCCGACCCGAUAUUACGGUAUUGCUUCUCUUCAUUUGACAGAGUGGGAGCCAGACAAUGACCCGUUGGUUGGUGAAUAUGUAGAAGCAGACCCAAUCGAGGUGCCUCAACUGACUGAGUGCAUCCUGGAUAAUCUGGAACUAGGUGCUUCGGGGAUUCGCAGUGAGGUAACUUCAACUGAUUUAAGAGAUCAAGGUUGGUGGUUCAAUAAAUUAAUCACCAGGAAGGAACUUGCUUGGCUGUGGGACUUGAACGAAGACAUAGUCCGCAAGAAGCAACGCACUGGUGAUUGGAAUUGGGAGCGUCUGGUUAAGACGCUGUCCGGGACUGACAUUUAUCGUCCCGAGGAUGAGACUCUGUGCCUUCCUCUAGGUCUUCGCAACCGACGGAGGAUCUGGAAAUGCAUACAAGACGCAAGACUCGGCGAUAUUCAGAGGCAGAUAGGCCCUCAUCUUCUUGGCUUUGCAGUACCAAUGGAAGGGAACCUUUGGGAUGGCUAUACACCAAAGAGCUAA